AUGCGUUUCUCGACCGUCAUCCUCCCAGCCCUCAUCGGUCUCGCAUUCGCCGCAGAUUCGUCAACCAAUGUCUCCCAACCCAUGUCUUCCGUCGCAGCUUCCCUAUCAUCCGCAGCCUCGUCCAAGGUGGAAGAAACCAUGUCCAAAACCACUCCAGCAGCUACUCCCAGCAUCACUGACAAGGGAACCUAUUCGUCUUACAGCGCUGUAUCGACAGGUGCUGCUACUGCUAUCAACGCUGGGGAAGCGGGUGGUGUGGCGGUAGCCGUACUGGGAGCUAUUGCUUGGGCGUUGUAG